AUGCGUUCGAGUCGACUAUCAAAAAGGCGUCGUGUAAAGGGAAUGGAGACCCUCAAGGACCUUAUCCCAUCUCUACCUGCAGCUCCAUUGACAUCCCCCCUAUUUACCGUCUUUCCCGCCGAGAUCCGCAAUCGGAUUUACACGCUUGCCCUUGAGUCCGAGGAUGUUCUCACAGACGACAGUUCUCGCUCCCUUUAUAAGCAAAACGCUUUCUACUACCGCCCUGGGUACAAGCAGCCCAAGCGCAUACAGACUGCCCUCCUUCAGACAUGCCAGCAAAUAUAUGCCGAGGCGUCCCUCCUCCCACCGGCAGUGAAUGAACAUACUUUCUGGUUCUAUCGGUCUCCGCCACAUGUCAAUGAUGCCUCGUCGCCGCUGAAUUAUUUUCGCAAGAUGACCCCGAAACAGCGGGCUCAGGUGCAGCAUCUACACCUGUUCACCCAGCAGUUUUUCCUAGAGGACAAUCAAUCCCAUAUAUGGGAUGGGCUAAAGAUAGGUGACGACGGGCACAAUCUGCGCGGGGAGUGCAGGAUCGCUCCAAAGAAGAUGACCAUCACGCUUCGCCACACGGAUUGGUGGCACUGGGAGAACAAUGAGCCCUUGGGAAUCGAUCCGUUCCGGCCCGGGAGAACCCGCGCAGCAGAUAUGGGCCAGGUUGUUUCCCCACCAGCCGCAGCGCGAUUAUGGGGGAAUCAAUUUAGCUCCCUCCCCUGCCUCGAGGAGUUGGUGAUUGAGUUCGAGACAAUAAUGCGGAAGAGGGACCAGCUAGAUGCCAUCAUACAACAAGCUUUCGAGUGGAAGUUUCCCAUGCAGGCUGACAAGGGCUUGUAUCUGGUCGCUGACCCCAAGUCAAAGAGCGCAUAUACUUGGUCUGGGGCGAAAGAGGCGGAGUUGAAGAGACAGAGAGCUGCAUGGCCGGUCGAUACCGAGGUUAGGCCAGAAUCUCAAUCUUUCCAGGAACAGGAGCCGGUUCCUGCGGCCCCGGCUUUGGUGCCAUUUGAUCAUCAAUCAAGCUCGGGUACAAAUGGCGAAAUCAAAAUUGGAAAUAAUUCCCAAUUUGACUCAAAUACGGAGAAGUUUUAUGUUGUCUUCUUGACUUGGAGGAAGCAGCGAGUCCAGGGGUAG